AUGGCAACUUUUGAUGCGCAGCAAGAAGCUAUUAAGUCUCGACUGUUUGCGGUCUUACGUCGACCUGAAAAUGAACAAUGCGCUGAUUGUGGAGCUGCAACCCCUAAGUGGGCGACUGUAACUUUUGGAGGUUUUAUCUGCACGCAAUGUGCUGGUGUUCAUCGGUCUCUGGGUGUUCACGUAUCUUUUGUGCUCAGUGUCAUGCUGGACAAGUGGACGGAAGAGCAAGUGAAUGUUAUGGAAAACAAUGGUAACAACAAGCUCAAUCAACAACUCGAACGGACUUUGGCUCUGCAGCUUCAGUUAAACGACAAGAGUUUGAAGAAACCCGAGGCACUGACGCCACGACCAGAUCGCGAACAAUUUAUUCGAGCCAAGUACGAAGUUAAGAUGUUUUCUGGUGGAGUUGCUUCGACACCUCACCAAUCGCCAUCUAAACGCAGUAUAACCAAUCAGGCAGUGCUUAGAACGCACGGAAUGGUGGAGUAUACUGGUGUUUUGGUAAUCGAUCUUAAAGAAGCAAAAACAGUUGCAGGUACUUACACUGGUGGGAAAUCGGUUUCGUACGUGACUUUCCGUUCGGGUGAGCAAAGUAUUAACAGCAAGCGCGUGGACAAUAGUGUCAAUCCACAAUGGAACCAGCAAUUGAUGCUCUCAUGGGACGGCAUGUCGCCUUUAGAGGUCGAGCUGUACGACUAUAAUCGAGUAAAUGCUGACCGUAAAAUGGGCUCUUUUACAAUCAGUGCAAAGCAGCUUUCGAUAUUACCCGAAGUAGGGGGCACACAAGGCCCAUAUGAAGAUUGGUAUAUAGUCAUCACGCCGAGGGACUGGGCUAUAAAUCUAAGUAAACAUCUAGUUGCUGGAGCGGAAGGUGUCACUAAAGGCCUUUUCCAGGGCGUUACUGGUGUAUUUAAGGACCCGAUACAAGGAGCUCGAGAAAAUGGACUCGAGGGCUUUGCGAAAGGCGUUGGCACGGGUGUCGCUGGCUUCGUUUACCGUCCGAUUCAAGGGGUCGGCACGAUGGUCAAACACUCGGCACUAUCUGUCGGGGUGGGAAAGAAGCACCGCACAAACGGUGGAGGUAACGAUGAUAAUGGCACUUCCGAUAGUCAAGACGACGUGCCUACGGGCUCUGUGCGGCUUGCGUUGGCCAUGCAGAAAUUUAAUUGA